AUGAAAACAGAGGAGAUCUCAGUCGAAGCUGAGCUGGUUGUUGUCACCGAGUCUUCAGUGCCUGCCUUGAUAAGAACUACGAAAGACAACAUCAAGCCUAGCCCAACGUCCGAUGACGCUCACCCCACAAACUGCAACCGAUCUCGCUCUGCUCGACACUCACAACCACGUCAGCCACGACAAGGCCGCCGCACAAAGAAGUUAUCUACCGAAGAGAAGGCCAAAGUUCUGGAGGUGCGAAGACAGCGUGCAUGUCUGCGGUGUAAAAUGUUGAAAAUACAAGUAGGCACCAUCACCAACACCAUGCCAUGCAUUUGCAGUAACCCUAACUCUUUAUGUUCCUUCCAACAACAGUGCUCCAAGGAAAACCCGUGCAAGCCAUGCUUGUCUUCUGCCGUGCGAGGGUAUGAACGGAAGGUUUUGUCCUUCUGUUAUUGCGUGCGAACGCGCUUCGUGGAUGUCGAUAUCUUCCAGAGCUCCGGACCUGGACCUACGCCAGAGGUCCCGAUGUCGGUCCGCACCCUGAUAGACCAGAUCAGGCCUCACCACUCGCAGUCCCUGGGGGAUGACAUCUUUGAAGACACACUGAUCCGCUGGCUGACAAACCCGGACUAUUCGCCUCCCGACGGCAGCAUCGUUGCUUUACUCUGCGACAAAGUGGGAAACUCUGAGAGUCUUCGCCGUGCCGUGGAUGCCGACCUGACAACCGACUUUCGUAUAUUCCUCUUUACCACCUCUCUCGCCCAUACCGGUUGGAACGGCCACGUUGCCCACCGAGAUCUCUGCGUUGCCGGACACUUAUGCGGGUCGCGAAUUGUGCGCCGCCUUGACCGUAUUUUGACUCCUCAGUUCCUGUCCAAAUGCGACAGAGAGACGCACCGAGCCCUCCUCCUCCUCGUCUUUGGCCUCAUUCUCGGUGUUGGCUACUCCACCCGAGUUACCACGUCACCAUCCUUCCCACAUGCCUUGCUAGGAGCUGAAAUGCGUCACAGUCCAACGUUGUGGUUAGCAAUGAAGGAGCACCUCGCCCAGAUGUUGGCCCAUCACCUCAUCUUCCUUGGCUCGAUACUUGGCAUAAAGCUGGAUACCGCCUCCGAAAAGACCAUCAUCGACACGGCUGUGAACCGUUGGAACAAGCCGGAGCAAAACGUGUGGGCUGGGUUUGUGGGAGACUCGCUGCCUUCAAAGAUCAGCCCAUCCAAGCCUGCCGCCGCGCUGGAUGAUUUCAACAACCUUGAGGAUGUUGGUCAAAAGCAGCAGCCGCCGGUCUCAUCGGCUCCACUUCAGACUCCGACCCCACAGACGACGCCCAUCGUGGCAUUACCUUGUCCAGAUCUCGUGGACCUGCAGACCAUGCCUCACCUUUCCGAAAACCCGGCGUCGUAUCUAUCCAUGACGGACGAGGACUUCGACGGAUUGGCACCACCUAUCGUAGACUUAGGAGAGCCACGUCCGCCUCCUGGCCUGAAAGGUAUGACCCGCAAGGCUGCCCUUGCAAUCUAA